GCCAGUUACUUUGCCUUUCAUCAUCUUCAUCCUCAUCCUCUUCAUCUUUAAACCUCAACAGAAAAAAAAGUCUUAUAUUUAUUUGAUUCCCUGUUAAAAAAGACCCGAAAUCUUAUCAUCCUCAUCCUCAUCUUCAUCAUCCUCCAUCAUCCUCAUCAUCUUCAGUUCCCGGAUUUCAAUUUUUCUCUCGAUUGCUCAGUCAUUUUAUUUUUUCUUCUGUUUUUUGUGUAAAAAUUGUCAACAUUUGAAAAGGAGAAAAAGAACAUUUUCUCUCUUUCGAAUAUCAUCAUUUCGACUAAUUCACCCCCUUUACUCUCUCUCACAAAUAUACAUACUCACUAAUACACACAUAUACUCUCUCUCUUUCUUUCUUUCUUUCUAAUUAUCUUCAUCAUCUUCUUAAUCUUUGAAAGAGAAGAAAAAAAAAUAUUCUUUUCUUUUUCUUGUUAUUUAUGAUUUUUUCCAAUUUUCUUAUUAUGUGUUAACCCGUUUCAAGAAAAUCGUCUUUUCAUUUUAAUUACCAACAAUUAACUUUCUCCAUACAUGAUUGUUAUAUUAUCUAUUUAUUAUAAAUUGUUAAUUACUAGUGCUUUCCCUGUUUCUAUCAGGCCAACAAUUAACGUUAAUCAAUUGAUUAUAUAAUCGAAACGCUCAACGUUGUGUCAAUACUUUCAGUCUUUCAGUAAACAACAUUGUCUUUCAAAUCUAAUCAUCUAAUCAUCAUCUUAAUUAAAAUCUUUUGUCUUUCUGCCUCGUGGACCACAAAUACCUUUUCUUUGAUUAAUCAAUCAAUCAAUUAAUCAAAUUCAUUAUCAAUUACUGUUUAUUUCAAGUGAAAUCAAUUCAGUCAAAGUCUUUUGCUAAUUAAUUUGUGUCUCAUUGUGUUGGGUUAACAUCAAUCAUAUCAUCUAACAGCCUUUUAAUUGUUGUCUAAUUUUACAAUUAAUAUCUAAUUAUAUAUAUUAUAAUUGUUAAUUGUGGUUAUGGUUUGGUAAUCAAUUGUUUGAACAAAAACGGCCAAGAUUAGAUUCAUCUUCCUAUUAUCAUCCUCAUCAUCAUAUCAUCAUCUUCAAUUGGUAUUAUCAAAAAAAUCUUCCAGGUAUCGGUUAAUCAGUUAAUUGUUAGAACAACAAUUUCAUCAUUUAAAAGAUUGGAAACAAAAAUUAAUCGGAAAUAAGAGAUUCAGUUUGGUCCGUUGAUCUGAUUAAUUGAAUUUAAUUGGAAUCAAAAUGGCCGAUAAGGUUGAAAUGAAUAGCUUUUCGGGAGCUGGUGGUGGCGGUGGUGGUAACAAUUCGGGUUCGGGUAAUCGUCCGGUUCGGGCCAAUGGUGGGGCUCAAAAUAGCAAUUUGGUGCCUACGGAGGUGAAGUUAUUGAGUGAUGAAGCAAAUGAACGUGGUCAGUGGAGUGGUCAACUGGAUUUCUUAAUGUCUUGUAUUGGUUAUGCGAUUGGUCUUGGUAAUGUUUGGAGAUUUCCUUACCUUUGUUAUAAGAAUGGAGGAGGAGCAUUUUUAGUUCCAUAUUGCGUUUGCCUGUUUUUCGCUGGAAUCCCAGCAUUUUUUUUGGAAAUUUCUUUGGGACAAUUUCUUGGAAUCGGAGGAAUCGGAGUCUGGCGAAUUUGUCCAAUAUUUAAAGGUGUUGGUUAUGCUGCUGCUGUAAUGGCCUUUUGGUUGAAUACAUUUUACAUCGUUGUGUUGGCCUGGGCUUUAUAUUAUGCUUGGUCUUCCCUCGGGCUGGAUGUACCUUGGCGCGAUUGUAACAACUCUUGGAAUACCAAAAAUUGUAUCACCGAUUCUGAUUUAAAGCAAAAAUGGUCCAAUUGUCGGGUUGAUCCGAUAACAUUUACCGAAGAUUGUCGACUAUUAAAUAGUACAUACUAUCGAAGUCCAGUUAAGGAAUACUGGGAACGUCAGGUACUUCAGGUCACAACGGGUUUACAUGAUCUGGGUGAGAUUCGUUGGCCGUUAGCGGUCACAUUGGCGGUCUCAUGGAUUGGGUGUUAUUUUUGCAUUUGGAAAGGAGUUAAAUGGACUGGAAAGGUUGUCUACUUUACUGCUUUAUUUCCCUAUGUACUUUUGAUUAUUUUAUUGAUUCGAGGUGUAACCUUACCUGGAGCCGGAGAUGGGAUCUUAUAUUAUCUGAGACCCAAAAUUGAUAGGAUAACAGAAUCUGAUGUUUGGAUUGAUGCAGCGACCCAAAUAUUUUUCUCAUAUGGUCUUGGAUUGGGAGCUCUAAUUGCUUUAGGAAGUUACAAUAAAUACAAUAACAAUGUUCAAAGGGAUGCACUGAUUAUAUCAUUUAUCAAUAGUGGAACCUCAAUAUUUGCUGGAUUCGUGAUAUUCAGUAUCAUUGGGUUCAUGGCUCAUGAACAGAAUCGACCCAUUGAUGAGGUGGCAACUUCAGGUUCGGGACUCGCAUUUUUGGCCUACCCUUCAGCGACUCUUCAUCUUCCAAUAUCACCUUUAUGGUCGGUUCUCUUCUUUGUUAUGAUUCUUAUGUUAGGUUUAGACAGUCAAUUCUGUACCAUGGAAGGUUUUGUCACUGCCGUUGUAGAUGAAUGGCCAACUAUAUUGAGGAAACAUAAAGAAGCCUUCAUUGCAUUUAUCUGUCUUAUCUCAUAUAUUAUUGGGUUUUUCUUUGUCGUCCAGGGUGGCGUAUAUUGGUUUGAACUUUUUAAUUACUAUGCAGCCAGUGGGUUCGCACUGUUAUUCCUUGUUUUUUGUGAAGUUGUUUCAAUAGCUUGGAGUUACGGGGUGAAUCGAUAUUACGACAAUUUAAGAGAUAUGAUGGGCUAUGAGCCUAGUAUAUGGUGGAAAAUAUCUUGGACAAUAACUACUCCAAUCAUUUGUGUUGGAAUCUUCAUUUAUAGCCUUAUGAAAUACAAACCAUUAACAUAUAUGGACUAUGUUUACCCUUGGUGGGGUCAACUGAUUGGUUGGCUUCUUGCUUUAUCAUCCAUGUUGUGUGUUCCUGGUUAUGCUAUCUACAUUUACUGGGUAACACCAGGAACAACUGAAGAGAAAAUCAAGAAGCUCUUCAGACCUGAUAUACCUGAAAUAACGGAGGAAAUAAGACGUCGAGUGCUAAGAGAAAAAGGAGUAACAACAAUGACUUCAGUCUAAAGAGAUAAAUUAAAGAAUUAGGAAUCCGGUUUUCUUUUUGUUUUUAUUUCCAUCAUAAGGAAUCAUCAUCAUCAUCGUCAUUCUCAUCAUCAACAAAUAACAACACCAUCGAUAUAAUCAUCAUUCUUUGCCUUUUUUUCUUCUUCUUCUCACAAUUGAAAAGCAACAGCAGAAUCAGCAAAAGAAAAGAAAAGAGCAAAAGAAUAAAGAAAUUCUCGUUGUUAUUACUUCCAUCUACUUCCAAGUUCACCACUAUUAUUACCAUUAUUAUUAUGGUUAUUGCUUAUAUUAAAUUACUUCAACUAUUAUAAUAUAAUCAAGAGUCUUGCCAACAAUCAACAACCAACAACAGAAUCUCAAGCAAGUCCCAGUUUCUUUCUAGUUAUGGACAAAACUAAAGCAAUAAUAUUAAUAACAAUCAAUCCAUUUAAUUUUGGAUGAUAGUGUUUUCUGGAAAUGCAGUUGACAAUUAAUUGUUCCAAAUUGAUUAAGUGAUCAAAGAAAAUAAUUCCCGUUUAACCAAAGACAUAAGAACAUUUAUUAAUUACGAUGAAAUGUUUGCUAAAUUUACUUGUAGACUAUUAAUUAACCGUCUUAAACUCUUGUCUCUCUCAAAUUUACUUAUGGAAGAGUAAAAAAGUACAAGAACAAUUUGUAGUUAUCAUUAACUAAUCAACUAAUCAUCAACUAUCCUGAUCAAAGGUCUUUCAACAACAUAAAACAAACACACACAAUAUCAACAAUAACAUUGCCGUUAUCAUCUUCAUCAUCUUCAUCAUCUUCAUCAAUCUCAUCACCUUCAUCUUCAUCAACAAGAACAAUCAAAACAUCAUCAACUUCAUCAAUUAAAGUUCAACAUCAAUCAUCAACUAAAAAAAACUAAUCAAGUCUUUCAUAAUAGUUAAUUUCGAUGAUCAUCUACAUUUAAUCUACUAAUACCACUAAACUACUAAUUCAGCUAAUACUACCUACAACCAUAAAUACUAAUUAAUGCAACAAUUCACUGUGACGAUUAACAAUAAUAAUUUGGUAUCAAAAGCACAAGGGAAAUUAAAUUUAAAUCAACUCGAAACAAUGGCCACAGUCUUUCAAAUUGGAAACAAUUUAACGCAAACGCAAACAAAUCAACUCGCGAAGCAAAUCACUGGAUCACAAUUUAAAAAUGGAUCAAAUUAACUUAGCCCCCCAAGCGAAAUGCCAUUGAUGCCAAUUACCGAAUGUCUUUCAAAAUGUUCUUAAUUAAAUAAUUUAUUGCGAAUCA